CCCGUGUUGUGAGACUGGUCUUGUGUAUAUUAGACUGGCCUUGUCCAUGCCUUUUUCUCAAGCCAAGAUUGCCCUCCCGUUCUGCAAGCAACGUUGCCAUUUCGUCUCUUUCUCAUUAAUCCUUUCUAUAAUCUUCUAGUCCGUUAUCGUAAUAAACAGUCGUCUUUCCCAAGAUGCAGUACUCAUUCGUCUCUGCUGCGCUGGUCGCCUUCCUCGUCACAGCCAAUGCUGCACCAGCCUACCAUGUCGCUACCCGCGUGGGAACCGUGGCCACCGAGGCAAAAGAAGAUCUGGUGAAGCGAGCAAACCCUCUCGACUCUCUGUUAGGUGGUGCCACGGGUGGUGCCACGGGCGGCGCAGGCGGAGCCACCGGAGGACUCGAUUCGCUCCUCGGUGGCCUGACUGGAGGCGCCACGGCUGGAGCCGGCGCUGCAGGAGGUGCGACUGGGGGGCUCGAUAGCCUCCUCGGCGGCCUCGCCAAGAAGCAGGUGGAUGUCGGUUCGCUCCUCGGAGGUCUGACCGGAGGUGCCAAAGCCGGUGCCGGUGCCGGUGCCGCCGGUGGCGCAACUGGAGGCCUCGACCAGUUGCUUGGUGGUUUAACGGGAGGUGCUGCAGCAGGUGGCGCCGCAGGAGGUGCAACAGGAGGGCUUGACAGCCUCCUCGGCGGCCUUGCCAAGAAGCAGGUUGAUAACGAGGUCGACGAGGAGGAUGACGGUGAAGACGAGGAAGAUGACGAGUGAAUUGCUUUGACCAGGACGAGUUUAGAUCCUUGCAGGGCGCAUCGAUGCUUCUUAGUUUAUUUUAUUUUAUAUUAUUACUUCUGAAAAUGGUAUAGGGCCGGUCGUACACAAUUAACUCCCUUCGGGCCUUCGGGCCUUCGGGAGCCACACA